AUGGCUGCCACCGAACACAGACUAAGCUUGGACGCCGAGAAACAGAGCCUUCUCGACCUCCACACUGAAAAGCACUUCACCGCCGGCGAAGUCGUCCGCGACAUCAUCAUCGGCGUUUCCGACGGCCUCACCGUCCCCUUCGCUCUCGCCGCCGGCCUCUCCGGCACCAAUGCCACCUCCGCCAUUGUCCUCACUGCCGGCAUAGCUGAAGUCGCCGCCGGCGCCAUCUCCAUGGGUCUCGGCGGUUAUUUGGCAGCUAAAAGUGAUGCCGAUCAUUACGCCAGAGAAUUGAAAAGGGAGCAAGAAGAAAUCAUCGCCGUGCCAGAAACUGAAGCGGCAGAGGUAGCAGAAAUACUUGCUCAGUAUGGAGUAGAGGCACAUGAAUAUGCACCAGUGGUGAAUGCUCUUAGAAAAAACCCUCAAGCAUGGCUUGAUUUCAUGAUGAAGUUUGAGCUGGGACUAGAGAAGCCAGAUCCAAGGAGAGCAUUGCAUAGUGCAAUGACAAUUGCCACUGCUUACAUAAUGGGUGGUCUUGUUCCUCUUGCUCCUUACAUGUUCAUUCCAAGGGCAUCAGAGGCAGUUGUGAUCUCAGUUGUGGUUACUUUGAUUGCACUGCUAAUUUUUGGCUUUGCCAAGGGACACUUCACGGGCAAUAAGCCUUUCAGGAGUGCUUUUGAAACAGCUCUGAUUGGUGCCAUCGCCUCUGCAGCUGCCUUUGGCAUGGCAAAGGCUUUCAAAGCAUAG